AUGGGCCUGAAGAAAGUGGGAACAAAGGGUAGAUCACCUCCAGAUGGCUUUCCUAGUAGGAAAGGGACCAGCAGCCAGAAUGAUGGAAAAAUAACCCAUUGGCUACCAACAGACAGGGACCAAAGAAGAGACCAGUUCCAAUCCUGUCCCUGGAAGAAGACGACUAGACUGAGCCCUCAGAGCCAAUCCAUCUUUGCUUUUGAGUGGAAAGACCCAGAGACCGGGUUUUCAGGACAAUUCACCUGGACAAGGUUGCCCCAAGGAUUUAAAAACUCGCCUACCUUGUUUGACGAAGCUCUGCACCUAGAUUUGGCCGACUUCCGAGUCAACCAUCUGGACCUGGUCCUCCUGCAAUAUGUGGACGACCUCCUCCUUGCCGCUGAAACUGAGCAGGACUGCCUAAAAGGUACCGGGGCCCUGCUACAGAGACUGGGGGAAUUGGGCUAUCGAGCCUCCGCGAAAAAGGCCCAAAUAUGUCAGAAACAGGUGGCCUACCUAGGCUACCUCCUAGAAGGAGGGCAACGGUGGCUGACAGAGAGCCGAAAAAGGGUGGUUGCUCUAAUUCCACCCCCCACCGAUGCCAGAAAGAUGCGGGAAUUCCUCGGGAGUGCGGGAUUCUGCCGCCUUUGGAUUCCUGGGUUUGCGGAGCUGGCAGCCCCAUUGUACCCCCUCACGAAGUUCAAUGCUCCCUUUCAAUGGAGAGAAGAGCAACAGCGGGCGUUUGACAACAUGAAAAAGGCCCUAUUGUCAGCCCCAGCCCUGAGCCUCCCUGAUAUGACCAAGCCCUUCACAUUAUACGUGGAUGAGAACAAGGGAGUGGCGAAGGGAGUGCUAACACAAAUGCUUGGACCCUGGAAAAAGCCGGUGGCAUACUUUUCAAAAAAGCUAGACAAUGUAGCGGCCGGCUGGCCUCCGUGCCUCCGCAUGAUAGCGGCCGUGGCAGUUCUGGUGAAAGACUCGGAUAAAUUGACUCUAGGCCAACCUCUCACCAUAGUGGCACCUCAUGCUGUGGAGACAGUUAUCCGCCAGCCACCAGAUCGGUGGCUCUCAAAUGCUCGGAUAACUCAUUACCAGACUAUGUUAUUAAACUCAGAGCGGGUCCGGUUUGGGACUGCCACCUCUUUAAACCCGGCCACCCUGCUCCCGGAACUGGGGCCCCAGGCCCAGGUAAUCCAUAACUGUCACCAAAUCCUGGCUGAGGCCCACGGCACCCGAAAAGACCUAACCGACCAGCCUCUGCCGGAUGCCGAAAUGACCUGGUUCACGGAUGGGAGCAGCUUUCUACAGAACGACACCUUCUCCGGAUGGACUGAGGCAUUCCCCACAAAACGGGAAACCGCCCGGGUGGUCGUCAAGAAGAUCAUAGAGGAGAUCUUCCCCCGGUUCGGCUUGCCUAAGGUAAUCGGGUCCGACAACGGCCCAGCGUUUGUCUCCCAGGUAAGUCAGUUGGUGGCCAAAGCAUUAGGCAUAAAUUGGAAAUUGCACUGUGCCUAUAGACCCCAAAGUUCAGGACAGGUAGAAAGAAUGAACAGAACAAUUAAAGAGACCUUGACCAAAUUAGCGUUGGAGACUGGCGUUAAAGACUGGGUCCAACUCCUCCCUAUGGUGUUGUUCCGGGUCCGAAACACGCCCUCUCAUUGCGGGCUGACACCAUACGAAAUCCUUUAUGGAGGGCCCCCACCAGUAGCAGGCUUGCUUGACCUUGCCAGUGACUCCGUUGCCGAUGCCCCUAAAUUACAGGCCCGGUUGAGAGCGCUCCAGAUCAUCCAGAACCAGGUCUGGAAACCUCUUGCAGCAGCCUACCAACCCGAGACGACAACCAUCCCACAUCCUUUCCAAAUCGGUGAUGCUGUGUAUGUCCGAAGGCACCAAUCUAAGACUCUAGAGCCCCGGUGGAAAGGCCCCUUCACUGUGCUGUUGACAACUCCAACCGCUCUCAAGGUCGACGGAAUCGCUGCUUGGGUCCACGCCUCACACGUGAAGCGAGCACCACCUCCCCAGGGCCCCGAGGAUCCGGAUAGACCAGCCAAAUGGAAGCUCCAGCGCACUCAGAACCCACUCAAGCUAAGACUUUCAAAAACUGUUUAAUAUUUAUGAUGUUCCUGGCCUUUCCCCAUUGUUUUUCCAAUCCCCAUGCUCCACAAUUGUUAACGUGGAACCCAACCCAGUCCAGCAAGAACAAAGUUCCCUCCCUCCAGUGAGGCAGGCUCUCCCCAGGCCGGUCCAAUAGAUUUUAGGAUUAAAAUCUUUGCAAAAAGAAAAGGAGGGAAUGAAGGACCCUUAUGGGGGAGAGGGACAAGAAACUAGGCCUGGGCAAAUAUCAGGGGCUUCU